CUGCAGCUCAUUUGACUGAAGAGACGAAAGGUGCAGACAAGAAUGGCCCUAUUGCAAUUCUGUCCAGCAUUGCAAUCAUUUUGCUCUUCGGCUGGGCUUAUAUCUUGGCUCUUACUUUCAGCAUUCAAGUAUUUUUUUUUUUUUUUGGAUAAUGAAUGACCUUUUAGAGUAUGUCAUGUCCUUGUUCAUAGUCUUAAAUAUACUGAGAUGAUAAUUAUAUGUUCUCAUCUCAGGAUUUUGGCUAUCUGUUUGAUACAAGCAAUGAGACUGCAGGAGCGUUUGUACCAGCACAGAUAUUGUAUGAUGCAUUUCAUGGAAGGUAUAAUAACAGAACUGGGGCAAUCGUUUUGCUAUUUAUCAUCUGGGGUUCUUUUUUCUUCGGUGGACUUUCGAUCACAACAAGUGAAGCCAGAGUAGUAUAUGCUUUAUCAAGGGACAAAGGCAUUCCAUUUUCGUCCAUAUGGAGAAAAAUACACCCAAAGCACAAAGUUCCCUCAAAUGCAGUAUGGCUGUGUGCUGCAAUUUGCAUUCUUAUUGGACUUCCAAUCUUGAAAGUCAAUGUGGUCUUCACAGCUAUAACUUCCAUCUGCACGAUCGGAUGGGUAGGCGGUUAUGCAGUCCCAAUCUUUGCUAGAAUGGUAAUGGCCGAGAAAAACUUCAAGCCUGGGCCAUUCUACUUGGGUAAAGCAAGAAGACCGGUUUGCUUGGUGGCCCUCCUAUGGAUUUGUUAUACCUGUUCAGUGUUUCUUUUGCCAACUUUGUAUCCAAUCUCUUUGGACACAUUCAACUAUGCACCUGUUGCUUUGGGUGUUGGUUUGGGUUUGAUAAUGCUUUGGUGGGUGUUGGAUGCAAGGAAAUGGUUCAAAGGACCGGUUAGAAACAUUGAGAUAGAUAGUGGUAAGGUAUAGCAUUCAUAAGAAAUGGAAAUGUCUUAGGUUUCUAUGGAAGUUUGUUUAGUUUCUUCUUCACAUGACAAUAUAGUUUCUUCUCGCAGCA